CCAAGACUCCACUCCCUCCGCCACCGCAAUCACACCUCUUCCAUUACCGGAAAAAGAAAAGAAAAAGAAAAGAAAAGUUAAUUAAGGUUCUGAUGGACAGCCCCGCUGUAAAAGGGAAGAAAGGAGCUGCCGGAAGGAGAGGCGGUGGUCCCAAGAAGAAGUCAGUGUCAAAGUCCGUCAAAGCCGGUCUCCAAUUCCCCGUCGGAAGGAUCGGUCGCUACUUGAAGAAAGGCCGUUAUGCUCAGCGCGUGGGAAGCGGCGCUCCGGUUUAUCUCGCCGCCGUUUUGGAAUACCUAGCUGCUGAGGUUUUGGAAUUGGCUGGGAAUGCUGCUAGGGAUAACAAGAAGAACAGGAUUAUUCCAAGGCAUGUGCUGUUAGCUGUGAGGAACGAUGAAGAGCUUGGAAAAUUGCUUGCUGGUGUUACCAUUGCUCAUGGUGGUGUUCUUCCUAACAUUAACCCUGUGCUUUUACCUAAGAAGAGUCAAACCGCUGCUGCUAAGGAACCGAAGUCUCCAUCUAAGGGCACAAAGUCUCCUAAGAAAGCUUAAUUGACCAUGCUUUUAUGAUUAUGAUAUUUUGGUGUUAGGUUACUUUUGGUUUCUCUUUAAUUUUAAUGUAUAUCUGUUAUUAGGUACCUUUAGUCCUUUUUAGGAUGGCAGGAAUAUGUGAUGCUUGUCAUGGUAUCCUCAUUUGGAAUUUAUGGUGAAUGGAUUAUUGGAAAUAGCUCUUUUUUCAUGUAGCAAAGAUUAGAAUUUGGAUGUUAAUGCAAAUUGGCUUAUGAUA